CGUCGUCGUCGAACGUGGAUGACGUCAAACGUUCCAUCACUUCCAUGGACACACGAGGGUUGUAUUAGACGGCGCUUUAUCCGGACACACACUAGCAAUGGGGAAGCAGAAGAAGCAGAAAUAUGCAGCAAUGAAAAGAAUGAUAAGCUUAAAGGAUCAAAGACUAAAGGAGAAGGAUCGAGCAAAAACACAGAAAAAGAAGAAAGAAGACCCCUCAGCCAUCAAAGAACAUGAAGUGCCAAAGUAUCCGUCCUGUAUGUUCUUCCAGUACAACACUCAACUUGGACCUCCUUAUCACAUCCUUGUGGACACAAACUUCAUCAACUUCUCCAUAAAGGCAAAACUUGAUGUAGUCCAAUCGAUGAUGGACUGCCUUUAUGCUAAAUGCAUUCCCUGCAUUACAGACUGUGUCAUGGCUGAGCUUGAGAAAUUAGGGAUGAAAUACAGAGUUGCCUUGAGAAUAGCCAAGGAUCCUCGCUUUGAACGCUUGCCAUGCUCACAUAAGGGAACAUAUGCUGAUGACUGCUUAGUCCAAAGGGUAACUCAGCACAAGUGUUACAUUGUGGCCACAGUGGAUAGAGACCUGAAGAGGAGGAUUCGAAAGAUCCCAGGUGUCCCAAUCAUGUACAUCUCUAAUCACAGGUAUAACAUUGAAAGAAUGCCAGAUGAUUAUGGAGCACCGAGGUUAUAACAUAUUGAAGAUUGAGUUGCCUUGUUUUUUUUUUUUGUAUUUGAAUUCUUUAAUAAAUUAGAACAUUGUAUAUCAAACCACAAGCGUGUCAAAGAUUUUGCACAUUUGGCUAUUUUCCUGCCUCUUUCUUAUUUUUUCAUCAUUUAUUUUUAUUUUGUUCUCUUUUUUUGCUCCAGACUGAGCCAUGUAUGUAUUUGUUUUGAAGAAAAUAAAUCUGUAGUGAAUUGAGUGAAAUUUAUACUACAGACUACAUUUGAUUGUAAACUAUGGUCUCAAAUUAUGAAAAAUGGUGACAGUUAUGGCCCACUUUGACCAUCUGGAGGACGGUGUAAUAUUAUUUUGUACAAUAAUUGUACAAAUGCCUUUUAAAGAUAAUUGAUGUUUUAAAAUUCUGCCAUUAAAUAAUAAAUUAACCCAUACUCAAGUGAUUGUAUUGUUACCUAGUGAA